AUGGGAAAUCAAACUUCUCAGUCUGAAUUCAUUUUGCUUGGCCUGUCGGACUUCACAGAUUCUCAGCUCCUGGUAUUUCUGUUGAUCCUCCUCAUCUAUGUGGCCACACUUUUUGGGAAUCUUCUUAUCAUCUUCUUGGUGGUCUUACACUACCAUCUACACACCCCCAUGUACUAUUUUCUUGGAAACCUCUCGGUUUUAGACAUCUUUGAUUCCUCCAUCUCCACAUCUCAUUUAUCUUUUGACAUAGUUACUGGAAACAGACUGAUUUCAUACCCAACGUGUAUCACCCAGGUCUUUUUCUUCACCUGGUUUGUCGGCACAGAGUCCUUUAUACUUGUGAUGAUGUCCUAUGAUCGCUAUGUUGCCAUCUGCCAUCCUUUGCAUUACACAACCAUGAUAAGCAAUCAGCUGUGUUUUCAGGGGGCGUUCUUCUUCUGGGUCUUCAGAUUUGCCUGUUCCUUGUUGCACACACUUUGUGCCCUAAGACUGGACAUCCCUUACCCCACCACCAUCCCAGGCUUGUUCUGUGAAUUAUAUCAGCUGAUUCAACUCUCAUGUUCUGACACAUUCCUCAAUUACGUCAUUUUAUAUUUUGACUCUGUAAGUUUUGGAAUCACUGGCUUUUUAGUUACUUUUCUUUCAUAUAUCUACAUUUUCAAAACCAUCCUGAAAAUAAAAGUGAAGGACGGAAGACAAAAAGCUUACUCCACCUGCAGUUCCCACCUCACUGUGGUCUUCAUAUUUUACGGGAGCGCGCUUUUAAACUACGUUCUCCCCAAAACGAAAGAUUUUCUGGCAGGCAGAUUGCUGUCGGUGUUUUACACGGUCCUCACUCCUCUAUUAAAUCCAAUUAUAUACAGCCUGCGGAAUAGUGAACUCAAAGGAGCCGUUAAGAAAAUGCUAUCUAGAAUGGACUACAUAUCAUGA